AUGAAGACAUUUACGUACAAAAUGGUUGUGCUGGGCCAUUACUCUGUUGGAAAAUCAUCAAUUGUGUUGAACUUUGUCAAGGGAGAAUUCAACCCGCGAGAAGAAAGCACAAUUGGCGCAUCGUUUCUGACAAAGACGAUCUUUCAGAAUAGAUGUGCCGUAAAAUACGAAAUCUGGGACACUGCAGGACAGGAAAGGUACUACUCUUUAAUUCCAAUGUACUACCGUGGUGCCCAGGUUGCUUUGAUCGUCUAUGAUAUUACCUCACAAGAAUCAUUUGAAAGUGCCAAAAGAUGGGUUGAGGAAUUAAAAUACGACAAGCCCCAGGAAUUCUUGAAAGUAUUGGUGGCUAAUAAAAUGGAUCUGAGAGAGAGUGCCAUGCUAGACCCCGAAGUUGGGAGAGCCUAUGCUGAAAACGAAGGCUUAAUGUUCUACGAGACUAGUGCUAAAACAGGACAUAACAUUCAAAAAAUGUUUUCGGAUAUUGCCGAGGCGCUUCCAAAGGACAUACGGAAAACGGUUGAUGGCGUAAGAUUGAGAAAACCCAGAAAGAACACUUUUUGUUGCUGA